AUGACUUGUACGAAUCUAUUACCAUCAUCUUUUAAACUCCACACCCCCCAACAACAACAAAGAAAGAAAAGCAGGACAGCAGGUAGACAGAAGAAGAGUAAGAGUGCAAGAGAGAAAGAGAGAGAACAUCAACAACAACAACAACAACAACAACAACAACAACAACAAUAA